AUGAUCUUCCAACUUCGAUACAAAUCAAAAUUCUCAGAAUCUUUGAAUGAAACUAAAGAUUUGUAUUCAAUGCAAAAUCCUAAAUAGAAUGUCCCUUAAACAUAAAGAAUUGAUUAUACAAAUAAUAUCUAAACGAAUAAACUACUUCCAAAUCAUUCAGAGGACAUUUUGCUAUGCUUGGUAUCAAAAGCAAUUGUUACCAAUAACAAAAACCAAAUUAAGAAUCUACUCAGAAAUUAAACCUUCUCAAAUAACAAAGGAUUAUAUCCAGAAAUCAAAGAAGAACAUCCCUUCUAUAACCAAAAACAUGGUCUAAAUUAUUCAGAAAUUGAAAAAUGUAAUUUAUAAUCACAUUUUCAAUAGAAUCUAAAAAUAUUUUACCUUCGUUGUAGAUAAUUUCAAAGAAGCCAAUUAUUAGGAUAUAAUGUACAUAGAAGGAAUUAAAUGACCUUUACUCAUCGAAAAGUAGUAAAUUAAUAACUCCAAGGAUUCAAAAAAAUAGUAAUUUAUAGUCAUUAGCUUAAUAACCAGAAAAUGAUAAAAUAUGUAGAACAUCAUCAACCCCAUUUAUUUAUAAAAAUUUGUAAAACUAAAAUUUUACUAACAGAUCUGAUUCUUCAAAACAGCGAUCAAAAUCAAAAAGUUAAAAAACUUAAAAAUAAACAAUCUAAAAUCCUAAAUAGAAUUAAGAAAGAGAGAGAAAAUAACUUUAAAAUCAUAACAAAGUUUCUGAAAUUUAGUAAUCUAAAUCUAAUAUGAUAGAUUUAUAAGAUAAGAAACUUUAAUUAAAGAAUAAGAAAAGAUUAACUUAAACAAUCUAAUAAUAAUUUAAUAUAACUAUUAAAUAAGAUUUUUAAUAAAAUAACUUUUCAAAAUAAUAGAAUUUAAGUUUUCCAAAUAAUAGAUCAAAUCAUUUAAAAGAUAAAUUAUAAUAGAGAUAUACAUAAUAUAGAUGUUUUUUAAACAAAAUAAAUUUUUCCAACAAUUAAUCAAUUCAAUCUCCUUAGAAAAUGGAAAUUCCAGCAUAUUAUUUUUUUGUUGGAAAAGGAAACAAUUCUAGUUUGAUAAAAAAUCUAUUUCGUUAACGAUGGUGGUGGUAAGAAGUCGAAACAAUUGAUUUAGCCAAAGUCAAUAUGGUUUGGACAUAAUUGAAAUAAAAUAUUUGUAUAGAAAGUUUAAUAGCAUUUAAUGUUGUAAGUUCAGAUUUAAAUUAUAAUAAUGAAUCAUUUAUUUAAAAUAUUGAAGAUACAGUAACUGAUUCAAGUAAUUCAGAUUUGGAAAUCAAUAUUAUACAUAGAUAAAUUCCCCUUUUAAAUAUAGCUUAAUAAGUCAAAUAACCUUAAUAUUAAAUUAAUAAUUUAAAUUAAUUAAAGAAAUUAUUCAAUUUAAUAGACCUCUAAAAAAUAUUAGGUUAUAUGAAGAAUAACAAUAAAUGUGAGUCUUAAUUAGUGUUUAGUGAUUAUUCUGAAAAACUGCUGUUAGAUAUUAAAGGAGUAUAAUAUUGUUUUUAUAUUAGUUUCACACAUAAACUAAAAUAGAAAGUAGAAACAAUAAAAUGCACAACCAUAUGUAAGACAAUUGGCAUUUGGGAAAUAAAAAGGCCUUAUUUUACAACAUGAGGAAUUAUAUGAAAAUAAUAAAGGAAGAGUACACAAAGUAUAUUCCAAGAACUUUUCAUAUUUAAUAAGGGAUAACAGAUCCUGAAUAUAUAAAAUUUAUAGAUUAUUAUAACAAAAGACAAGAGGAAAUGAAAGAAUAAGAAAAGAAGUUAUAAAUGAAUUAUAAGAGAGAUAAGAAGAUAAGACCAAUAAGUUUAUGGAUUGUAAAACCUGGAGAAUGUUCGAAUAGAGGAAAUGGGAUCACAGUUUGUUAGGAUUUGUUAGAUAUUAAUAAGUUUAUAAUGGAAGAGUAACCAGAUGGUAGAUAGAGAACUUAUAUAAUAUAAUAAUACAUUGAUAAUCCAUUUUUAUAUAAUAAGAGAAAGUUUGAUAUUAGAUGUUAUAUGCUUUUGACAUCAUAGAAUGGAAUUUUAAAGGGAUAUUGGUAUUAGGAAGGAUAUAUAAGAACCUCUUCAAAAGAAUUUACAACAAAAUGUUUAAACAAAUAUAUAUUCAUUUAACAAAUGAUGCAGUGUAAUCAAAAGAUGAAGAUUAUGGUAAAUUUGAAUAGGGAAAUAAGAUUUCAUUUUUAGAAUACUAAAGAUAUUUGGAUAUAUUUUAUAAGGAUUAAAAAUUGAAUUUUUUUAUUGAUAUAUAUCCAAAAAUGAAAUAAAUAGCUUUAGAUUUAAUGAAGGCAUCUUAUGGAAAGAUUGAUUAAUAAAGAAGAUCUAAUAGUUUUGAAGUAAAACGAAGUAUAAAUUAUAAAUUAGCUUUUUGGAUUAGAUUUUAUGAUAGAUGAUAAUUUUAAACUUUGGCUUAUAGAAGCAAAUACAAAUCCAUGUCUGGAAUUAUCAUGUCCACUUUUGAGUAAGAUAAUUCCAACCCUUAUUGAGAAUUUAUUUAGGUAAUAGUAAAGAGAUUAAUAUAUAGAAUUGUUAUAGAUCCAAUAUUUCCUCCUCCUUUCUUUGAGGAAUGGCCUCUUAAUAAAAAAGUGUUUAUUCCUGACAACAUUUUAGAAAAUAAUCGAUUUGAACUGUUAUUUGAUGAAUAGAUUGAUAAAAAGAUAAUGAUUAAUCUUUAUAGAGAAAAUAAAAUUGAUUAAGAUUGUUUUAAAAUAAAAGAAGAAGAGGAAGAAGAUGAAGUUAAAGAUUGA